GGGUCCUCAUAGACUGAUUCACUACUAUAAUUCCUCAUUUUCUCUACUCAUUUCAUCUCUUACAAACUAAACAAACAAAUUAACAAAAACCGUUUUUUGUCAUGACCGGCGGUCGUCACGAACGCCGGUGGGCGUCCGACACCGUUCCGGACAACAUGUUGAGCGGCGGUUCAUCUCCGGCGUACACCGAUACGUCGUCGUUGAAUCCAAACGAUGAGUUCGUUGAAGUCACGUUAGAUCUUCAAGACGACGACACUAUUAUUCUACGUAGUGUGGAGCCUGCGACGGUUAUCCACGUGGAUAACAACACCGAUACGGAGAAUAUUCCGGCGUCCACGUCAUCAUCCCGAUCGUCAACUAUGCGCCGGAGUUCGUCCAACCGGUUACGCCAGUUCUCGCAGGAGUUGAAGGCGUUUUCGAUGGAGUUGCGCCGGUUUCCGUGGAGUUAUGGCCGCGCGUCGUCGUCCAACGCUGGAGGUUUGGAUUCGGCCUUGGCUGCGCGCGCUAUCCGGAGACAGCGCGCGCAGCUCGACCGGACUCGGUCCGGUGCUCAUCGAGCUCUAAAAGGACUUAGAUUCAUUAGUAGCAAUAAAAUUAAUGGUGUGGAUGGAUGGAAUGAAGUUCAGAAUAAUUUUGAUAAGCUUCAGAAAGAUGGAUAUUUGUAUCGUGCUGAUUUCGCGAAAUGUAUAGGAAUGGUGGAUUCGAAGGAAUUUGCGCUUGAGGUUUAUGACGCGAUAAGUAGAAGACGAAGGCUUAAAGUUGAUAAGAUUAGUAAAGACGAAUUGUAUGCGUAUUGGACUCAAAUCACCGAUGAGAGUUUCGAUUCUCGCCUCCAGAUCUUCUUCGAUAUGGUUGAUAAGAAUGAAGAUGGAAGAAUUACUGAAGAAGAAGUUAAGGAGAUAAUAAUGCUAAGUGCGUCAGCAAACAAGUUAUCAAGGUUACAAGCACAAGCAGAAGAGUAUGCAGCUUUAAUAAUGGAAGAGUUGGAUCCUGAAAGACUUGGCUACAUUGAGCUAUGGCAACUCGAAACACUUCUCUUACAAAAGGACACUUACCUCAACUACAGUCAAGCUUUGAGCUACACGAGCCAAGCGUUGAGUCAGAACCUACACGGGUUAAGAAAUCGGAGCCCGAUAAAGAGAAUGAGUUCCAAAUUUAUUUACUAUCUACAAGAAAACUGGAAAAGACUAUGGAUUAUUAUCUUAUGGAUUUUGAUUAUGACUGGUUUGUUCCUUUGGAAAUACUAUCAGUACAAACAACGGGCUGCUUUUGACGUUAUGGGCUACUGUGUACUUACGGCUAAAGGCGCAGCCGAAACUCUCAAACUUAAUAUGGCUAUCAUAUUAUUGCCGGUGUGCAGGAACACUAUUACUUGGCUGAGGUCCACCAGGUUGUCUUCUUUCGUACCGUUUGAUGACAACAUCAACUUUCACAAGACCAUAGCCGCAGCGAUUGUAAUCGGUGUAAUACUCCACGCGGGUAACCAUUUGGCAUGUGAUUUCCCAAGGCUUAUAAACGAAGACGAAAGUCAGUACGAUCUUGACAUGAGUAAAUUCUUCGGUACAAACAAACCAGCCUACAUAGACCUGGUCCGGGGGGUGGAGGGUGUGACCGGAGUUAUAAUGGUGGUUUGCAUGGUGAUUGCCUUCACACUCGCAACCAGAUGGUUCAGGCGGAGCCUAGUGACGCUACCAAAGCCGUUUGAUAGGCUCACUGGCUUCAACGCCUUCUGGUAUUCACAUCACUUGUUUGUUAUCGUUUAUGUUUUGCUACUAGUCCAUGGGUGGUUCCUGUAUUUUGUGAAGAAGUGGUACAAAAAGACGACGUGGAUGUACCUUGCAUUUCCGGUUUUGCUUUAUGCGGGUGAAAGAACGCUCAGAUUUUUCCGAUCAGGUUCCUAUACUGUCCGGAUUCUAAAGGUUGCAAUAUAUCCGGGUAAAGUUCUCACAUUGCAAAUGACCAAGCCUCCCCAGUUUCGAUACAAGAGUGGACAAUACAUGUUUGUGCAAUGCCCGGUUGUAUCGCCAUUCGAAUGGCAUCCAUUUUCGAUUACUUCUGCUCCAAACGAUGAUUAUCUCGCAAUUCACGUAAGGGGGCUUGGUGAUUGGACGCAAGAAUUAAGUAGAGUAUUCUCGGAGGUCUGUGAACAACCCGUGGCUGGCAAAAGCGGGCUGCUCAGAGCCGAUGAAACUACCAAAACAAUCUUGCCAAGACUGUUGAUUGACGGGCCGUAUGGCGCACCAGCACAAGACUACCGUAAAUACGACGUUCUUUUGCUUGUUGGACUCGGCAUUGGAGCAACGCCUUUUAUUAGUAUUCUUAAAGAUUUGCUUAACAACAUUGUUAAAAUGGAGGAACUAGAAUUUCAGGACUCAACAUCGGGCCACAGUAGGCGAUCGGAUCAGAGCUCUGGGAGUGCUGACUCAUCCUCUCAGAGUAAAGUUUCUCCAAGUAAGAAGAAAAGCUUGAGGACUACAAAUGCUUACUUUUAUUGGGUGACUAGAGAACAAGGUUCGUUUGAUUGGUUCAAAGGAGUCAUGAAUGAAGUUGCGGAACUUGAUCACCGGGGUGUGAUAGAGAUGCAUAACUAUCUAACCAGCGUCUACGAAGAAGGUGAUGCUCGAUCAGCUCUCAUCACCAUGGUCCAAGCUCUCAAUCAUGCCAAAAACGGGGUUGACAUUGUAUCCGGAACAAUGGUUCGGACCCAUUUCGCAAGGCCAAAUUGGAAGAAAGUUUUGUCCAAAACUUGUACAAAACAUGCCGGUGCUAGGAUAGGUGUGUUCUACUGUGGCGCGCCGGUGCUAGCCAAAGAACUGAGUAACCUAUGUCACGAGUUUAACCAAAAAGGUUCAACAAAAUUUGAAUUCCAUAAGGAACACUUUUAAGGUGAUAUAACAAUCACAAAUGUAAAUGUACAGUUAUAGUAAGAAAAAAGGGAUAAUAUUUGUUUCAUGCCACCAAGAACAACUAUCAUCCUUUAUUAUUAGAUGGUUUACACCAAAGGAUAUUAUUGCAUUAUGCGGAUACACGUGGCGAUAAUCGAGUGGUGACAAUUGGCGCGGUGGCAGUGGUGGGAUCAAUAUCCACUACCUAUCUAGAAGGUUGACAUUUGGAGUUGGAGAUGGUGGAUGACAUGAAUCAAGAUUCUUCUAGAAGUAAUUGAAGGUGGUGGAAUCCACCUUGAAUUGUUUAUCUACUUUUUUAUUAUUAUUAUAUUUUUUAUACACUUACAUUUCUAUACUUUGAUUAUAUUUAGUUAUACAACGAUAAUUAUAUCAAAAUACAAUUAAGUUAACUCA